AAACCACCAAGAAGAGGGUGGAAAACUCUGGAGAUGUCGUUCAACAUACCGAGGAACGUACCAACCUUCGACAAUCUCUCCUCCAGAAAAUACGAAGACUGGUCCUACCGCCAACGCCAAAAGAAGCGCCAAUUGUCAGAGCCGUUCAGUGAAUAUGUCUACAAGGACAAACUCAUCAAAAAGCCGUUUUGGGCGACGAAGAAGUUUUGGGUUGCAAUACUCGUACUUUUUGGGUUGUCGGUGUGGUAUCGGCGGACGAUGGUUGUGAAUGAGCCGGAGAUGAAGUUGGACGAGUUGCUGGGAUUCGACUCUGAUAUUCUACAAGCGCCUGGUUUGGACGGGGCUCUUACCCACCCAACAGACUCCGCGCACGCCGAGGAUGUGCUAGCAGCCAAUGGAGAGGUCGACUGGAAAUCUCGCCGCAGCGCCGUCAAAGAAACCUUCCUCCACUCCUGGUCCGGCUACCGCGCCCACGCCUGGGGCAUGGACGAAUACUCCCCCAUCUCCCGCCGUGGCCGGAACAUGAUCCCCAACGGCCUCGGCUGGCAAAUCGUUGAUGCUCUCGAUACAGCGAUGCUCAUGGACUUGGGAGAGGUGGUGGGUGAGAGCCGGGAUUGGAUUAAAGCGAAUUUGACGUGGGAACAGGAUGCUGAGGUUAAUGUUUUUGAGACUACGAUUAGGAUGUUGGGCGGGUUGUUGAGUGCGCAUUUUUUGAGUGCGGGGAGUGGGGAGACGGUCUACCUCGAAAAGGCCAUCGAUUUGGGUGACAGAUUACUUGGAGCAUAUGAGAGUCAGAGUGGGAUUCCGUACGCGUCGGUUAAUUUGAAGACGGGGAAGGGGGUGGUUAGCCAUGCCGAUGGCGGAGCAAGCAGUACGGCGGAAGUCGCGACACUCCAGUUGGAGAUGAAAUACCUCUCCCACCUGACCGGCAACGAAAAAUACUGGGAAGCAUCCCAAAAAGUCAUUCAACGUAUCGCCGCCAACAACGCACAAGACGGCCUCGUCCCCAUCUUCAUCCACCCCGAGACCGGCAAUUUCCGCGGAAAGGAAAUCAGGCUGGGGAGUCGUGGUGAUUCUUAUUAUGAGUAUUUGCUGAAGAUGUAUUUACAAACUGGAAAGAAAGAGGAGGUGUAUAGGAGGAUGUAUGACGAAGCUGUCGACGGUGUCGUGGGGCAUCUCGUUGAGAAAUCAUACCCAGGCAAAUUAACCUACAUCGCCGAACUCCCAUCCGGAAUCGGCGGCCCGACAAGCCCAAAAAUGGAUCAUCUCGUCUGCUUCAUGGGCGGAAACCUCGCUCUUGGCGCAACGAACGGAUUAACGCUGGAGGAGGCACGCAAACUGGGAUGGACAAUAAAGCAACAACGUGACUUCGAUUUAGCGGAGGAAUUGACACGCACAUGCUGGGAGAUGUACGACCGAAUGCCAUCCGGCCUCGCCCCCGAAAUCGCAUACUUCAACACCGGCGCCGAAGGCGGGACGGAGGAUCUCAAUAUUCAUGUGCGUGAUCGGCAUAAUCUCAUGAGACCAGAGACUGUGGAAAGUUUGUUUAUCAUGUACCGCAUUACAGGAGACGAAAAAUACCGUGCGUGGGGCUGGAAGAUCUUUGAAUCAUUCAACAAACACAGCAUCGUACGCGACCCGGAGACUGGCGAGAUAACCGGUUACACCUCUUUAGAAAAUGUGAUUGACGGUCCACCGUUUGUGCAGAGGGAUAAUAUGGAGAGUUUCUGGUUGGCGGAGACGUUGAAGUAUUUCUAUCUAUUGUUUGGGGGCGCGGAAGGGGGUGAUGGGAUGCCGUUGACGAAGGUUGUGUUUAAUACGGAGGCGCAUCCGUUACCGGUGUUAAUUACGGAGCUGUGUUUGACUCUUGCAUCUUACUGUCAUGUUGCAACUGCCGUUCGUUGUGCAAUAGUAUUUGUUAAUCUAUGA